GGUUCGCGGCCAGGUUUUGGUGCUGGCUGCAGUCUCGGUCUGAAGGCGGCCGGCUUGAGCGCCCGUCUCCGCGAAGAUGAGGCUUCUGCUGCUUCUCCUGGUGGCGGCGUCGGCGGUGGUCCGCAGCGAGGCCUCUGCCAACCUGGGCGGCGUGCCCAGCAAGAGAUUAAAGAUGCAGUACGCCACGGGGCCGCUGCUCAAGUUCCAAAUUUGUGUAUCCUGAGGGUACAGGCGGGUGUUUGAGGAAUACAUGCGGGUUAUUAGCCAGCGGUACCCAGACAUCCGCAUCGAAGGAGAGAAUUACCUCCCUCAACCAAUUUAUAGACAUAUAGCAUCUUUCCUGUCAGUCUUCAAACUAGUAUUAAUAGGCUUAAUAAUUGUUGGCAAGGAUCCUUUUGCUUUUCUCGGCAUGCAAGCUCCUAGCAUCUGGCAGUGGGGCCAAGAAAAUAAGGUUUAUGCAUGUAUGAUGGUUUUCUUCUUGAGCAACAUGAUUGAGAACCAGUGUAUGUCGACGGGUGCAUUUGAGAUUACGUUAAAUGAUGUGCCGGUAUGGUCUAAGCUGGAAUCUGGUCAUCUUCCAUCCAUGCAACAACUUGUCCAAAUUCUUGACAAUGAGAUGAAACUCAACGUGCACAUGGACUCAAUACCACAUCAUCGAUCAUAGCCCUACCUAUCAGCACUGAAAACUAUUUUACACUAAGGGAUUUUGCAAGAGCAGCGUGACUGACAUUAUGAAGGCCUGUACUGAAGACAGCAAGCUGUUAGUGCAGACCAGAUGUCUCUUGGCAGGCUCGUUGUACCUCUUGGAAAACCUCAGUGCAAGACAGUUUUUCCAUUGCUGGCACAUGCUGAAUUGUGCACAGCCGUGGCGUGCAAUGAUGCUGUGUAGCUUUCCCAAGCCCACCGUUAACUGUUUGUUCUUCUUGACGUGGCAUUACUACUUGCAACUCUUUUCUUAGUCAUGUUUGAGAAAAUACACAAUUGAGUUACAACUUGAGUUUUUCUCAAGAUGUGUGUUAAACUUGUGUUUUUAUAUGAAUUUUCAUUUUUUUAUAGUUUAACGUCAGUUUUCUUGGAAACACCUGAAGUUCCCAACUAAUUUAUAAAAGUUUAUCAGAUAGCUCUAAUUUGGUCAUGCUUAAUAUAUAGUUUUCAAAACACUGCAGAUUGUGAGCAGUAAAUUAUACAGGAUGAUGGGAGGAAAUCCAAUAUCUAGAGUGCUCUACCGUAUGUGUGUGUACACCUGUGUGUGUUUGCGCACAUGUGUGCUCUUGUGCUUGUGUGUGGGCUGUGGUCUGUGUGUAUGAGUGAAUUAUUAUUAGGAACAACAAAACCAACUGCUUUUAAAAUCCCAUUGUGUAGUUCAGAUGUCUUGCCUUGACCAAUCUAAUGAACUGAUUAAUGGGCCUUUAUACUAAAUUAAACAGAUGUAAGUUAAACAAAAGUUUGUUGCUUAGUAUACCUGUUAGCAUUAUUUUUAAUACCGUCUGCCUAAUGUUUUGUUUUGGCUUACAGAUAUUCUCAUAAAGGACAUACUUUAGAUUCACACACAAGUAAUGAGCUAAUUUACUGUUUUUAGAACAGUUGAAACUCACCUCACUAAAGAAAAAUUCAGUGAAACCUCUUUACAAAGUAUGUAUUAUGUAAACAGAUCAUUUGUCUUGUAAUUGAAUCACCUUAACAUCAUAUAUCAGAAUUUUAUUGUAUUUGAAAGACAAAAUUAAAAAUAUUUUUAAUGUUUUCAUAUUGUUCCAGAGUUUUAAAAGAAACUUACGGUUGAUAAUAAGAAUGAUUUAGCAGAAAUAGAAACUGAAUAGCAGUUACAUUGCGGCCAUAGUAACAGACAGGGAUGAAGUGGAAGAGCCUGGAUUUGUGAGUGGAGGUUAAAGAGCUUAAUUUAGGGGAGGUGUUGGUCCACCUGACUCUUGACUACUGGACAAACCUUGAGUGCAUUCAGGCAAUGCCUCAGUGUGGAAUCUACUGUGAUCUUCAGCUAACAGGCAGAUAGUCUAGUGAUGAACUGAAGAAAACUGAUGCAAUGUUACCCUUGACUAGGAUUGCAGCACUGCUAGCCCAGGUUCCUCUGGUGAUAAACGUUGUCAUUUAAACUCAAGUUCCUUAGAGGCUAUUAUUUAUGUGUAAAUAUAUAUAUUUUUACUAGGUCUUAACCUUGUUAAUAUGAUUGCCUAUCACUCCAGACUGCACAUCUUGUAAAGUUUAGCAUCAGAGGGGCCUUUCUUCAAGUAAUGGACAUUCCAUUUAUGACACAGUUAGCUUUAUGGCACAUAGACAUUCAGAAUUUGGGCCAUGGGUAUUCACGUGUACUUGAGAGGCCAAACUAUGAAGAACCUAAGGUCAGAUCCAACUUUCUCCAUGUUUGCCUUAGAUCGAAUUUGUCUCCUAGUUAAUGGCUUUAACUGUGUUGGACAUCUAGUAAAAUUGAGCUGUUUUAUCCAUACUCAUCUGUUUUAUUUUAUGCUUAAAUCCAGAAUUUAGUAGUCUACUAAACAAAUAAAUGAGAUGCAUGAAUAUAAAGAUUAUAAGGAAAAGGAGAAAGUAAACUAUUUAUAACGUUAUUAUAUUACUAACAAUUCAAAAUGUAUUAGUUGCUUAUAAAUUGGUGCAGCCGUGUAAUUACAGAAUUGUCUGUGCUCUAGAGCCAGAAGACUGUGGUCUUGGCACCAGGCUGGCGGAUUUCACUGGAGUUUUCAACACACUCGCCAUUGUGAAUGGUUUUAAAAAGCUGGUGAAACCUGGUUUUAAACUUGACCCUCGGUGUGUAAGAUGUACAGGAGCACACGCCUUCUGAGCGUGAGUGGCAUUGGUGAUGGCAUUAGUGACAGUUGCUCAGCCUGAGCAGCUGUGAAAGUGGUGGGAUCCAGUGAUGUCCAGUCUUACUUUAAAGGUUUAUUAGUUUGGGAUUUUGAUUGACUGGCAUAUUCUAUCAUUGUCAUAACUUAAAAUAAUUCAGUUAAAGUUUUUUUAAACAUGAUUUGAUAUCCUAGGGCUUUUCUUUUUUUAAAAAAAAAUGAGAAGCAGGUAAAGAAUUGUAAAGAUUUGGAACUUCUUUGUGGCAUUGUGAAAAUAAAUAAGCCAGUGUGAAAGGAA